AUGCUAAACAAUUUAGACAGUCUGGUGUGCAAAAACUUUGUCUAUACGAGAGUGAACUCCACUCCAUAUAGAGUCCAACAAAGCCCAUGCGAGUAUCACAGCAAUAGUGGAGACUACAGCAGCAGUUUUUUAGAAGUAACACCUUGCCUUAUUCCAGGACGACUUUUAAGGAAGAUACAGCAGCUUUCACUGUUACCUACAGAAAAUCGUUUUGCCAAACAUACAUACUUCAAGGAUGAGGACUGCGUUGUAAAACUCAGGCACUUCCCUGAAAUGAUGCUGCUAGUUCUGGUCAUGUGUCUACAGGACAGAGCAUCAUUGGGGAGAACAGGAGUAUUCAGCAGACCGGAGGAGCUUGCUUUAUAUCAAUUGUUUUUUGUCGCCAGGGGCCAAGAGAGUGCUGGAAUUGUGACAAGUGAUGGAGAGUCUUCCCAGGCAUUCAAAGUACACAAGGGAAUGGGUCUUAUUAACCACGUAUUCAAUGCAGACAGCCUGAAGAAGCUCUAUGUUUCAAAUCUUGGGAUUGGACACACGAGGUACUCCACCUCCGGAAUUUCUGAGCUGCAGAACUGCCAGCCUUUCGUGGUAGAAACCCUUCACGGGAAGAUUGCUGUGGCGCACAACGGUGAACUAACAAAUGCUGUACGACUUAGAAGAAAGCUGAUGCGACAUGGCGUGGGACUGUCAACCAGUUCUGACAGUGAACUGAUCACCCAGCUGCUGGCCUUCACACCUCCUCUGGAAAAUGACGAUACUGCAGACUGGGUAGCAAGAAUAAAAAAUUUGAUGAAUGAAACUCCAACUUCGUAUUCAUUGCUAAUUAUGCAUAAAGACAUAAUCUAUGCAGUACGUGAUCCGUAUGGGAAUCGUCCACUCUGCAUUGGUCGCCUUAUUCCAGUAGGGGAUAUGAACGGAAAAGGAAAAGAUAACUGUGAAACAGAAGGCUGGGUAGUCUCCUCUGAAUCCUGUAGCUUUUUAUCUAUCGGUGCAGAGUACUAUCGUGAGGUCCUUCCUGGUGAGAUUGUGAAAAUAUCCAGAUACGAUGUCCAAACGCUGGAUGUUGUACCAAGACCUGAAGGAGAUCCAUCAGCAUUCUGCAUCUUUGAAUAUGUUUAUUUUGCAAGACCAGACAGUAUUUUUGAAGGUCAGAUGGUGUAUUCAGUCAGGAAAAGGUGUGGUCAACAACUCGCCAUUGAAGCACCUGUGGAAGCAGACCUGGUCAGCACUGUUCCGGAGUCUGCAACCCCAGCAGCUCUUGGUUAUGCACAAAAGUGCGGACUACCAUAUGUUGAAGUACUCUGUAAAAAUCGAUAUGUAGGAAGAACUUUUAUCCAGCCAAACAUGAGGUUAAGGCAGCUUGGUGUUGCAAAAAAGUUUGGAGUUCUGUCUGACAACUUUAAAGGCAAGCGAGUUGUUAUCAUUGAUGAUUCAAUUGUGAGAGGCAAUACCAUUUCACCCAUAAUAAAGCUGCUAAGGGAAUCUGGAGCUAAAGAGGUGCAUAUUCGUGUGGCUUCACCUCCCAUAAAAUUUCCUUGUUACAUGGGAAUAAACAUUCCAACAAAAGAAGAACUCAUUGCCAACAGACCUGAAUUUCAUGAUCUUGCGAACUAUAUUGGAGCAGACAGCGUUGUUUACCUUUCUGUGGAAGGGCUGGUAUCCUCUGUGCAAGAAAGCAUCAAAGCAAGGCAAGAGAGUGAGAACAACCUCAAAACACAGAAGUCACGUGCUGGAAAGAUCGGUCAUUGCACAGCGUGUCUGACUGGAGAGUAUCCUGUAGAGCUAGAAUGGUGAAAUUGUAGUAGAUGAUCAUCAGUUCAUCUUCUGCUGAACAGAGAUUUUUCAA